UAUUGGGUAAAAUCUCGCCUCGCGGAGAGUCUCGGGAGCUAUUCUCGCGAGAGUACGGCGGGAGGCUCCAGUUCGCUGGCUCUGGUACUGCGACCACUGGAACCUCCGCGGGCGCUGCAGCUGGAGCCGUAGUCCCGCCGCGCAGUCCGGAGUCGGCCUGGUCUGGAGAGGGUGCAGGAAGAGCUUGGAGGGCGCAGCCUUGAGCCCCGGAGCGUGUCCCUCCUCUUAGCAGGGCUCGCCCCAAGCCACUGAGGCUGACAGGGGCCGCGCGCGCGGGAGUCAUCGGGGUCGCGGCAGCCGCACCUGCGCGGGCGGCCAGCGCGGGGUCCCCGCCCGGCCCGGCGGGCGACGAGGGCUGAGGAGCGGCUGCGGGCGCAGGCGGGGCCCCGCAGGGCCACCUCCUUGCCCUACGGCCGCCGCUGGAAGAUGUCUCAGGAGAGGCCCACGUUCUACCGGCAGGAGCUGAACAAGACAAUCUGGGAGGUGCCCGAGCGUUACCAGAACCUGUCCCCGGUGGGCUCCGGCGCCUAUGGCUCCGUGUGUGCUGCUUUUGACACAAAAACUGGGUUACGUGUCGCAGUGAAGAAGUUAUCAAGACCAUUUCAGUCCAUUAUUCAUGCCAAAAGGACCUACAGAGAACUGCGGUUACUUAAACAUAUGAAACAUGAAAAUGUGAUUGGUCUGUUGGAUGUUUUCACACCUGCAAGGUCUUUGGAGGAAUUCAAUGAUGUGUAUCUGGUGACCCAUCUCAUGGGGGCAGAUCUGAACAACAUUGUGAAAUGUCAGAAGCUUACGGAUGACCACGUUCAGUUCCUCAUCUACCAAAUUCUCCGAGGUCUCAAGUAUAUACAUUCAGCUGACAUAAUUCACAGGGACCUAAAACCUAGUAAUCUAGCUGUGAAUGAAGACUGUGAGCUGAAGAUCUUGGAUUUUGGACUGGCUCGGCAUACAGAUGAUGAAAUGACAGGCUAUGUGGCCACUAGGUGGUACAGGGCUCCUGAGAUCAUGCUGAACUGGAUGCAUUACAACCAGACAGUUGAUAUUUGGUCAGUUGGAUGUAUCAUGGCUGAGCUGUUGACUGGAAGAACAUUGUUUCCUGGUACAGACCAUAUUAACCAGCUUCAGCAGAUUAUGCGUCUGACGGGGACUCCCCCUGCUUAUCUCAUUAACAGGAUGCCAAGCCAUGAGGCAAGAAACUACAUUCAAUCAUUGACUCAGAUGCCGAAGAUGAACUUUGCAAAUGUAUUUAUUGGUGCCAAUCCCUUGGCUGUCGACUUGCUGGAGAAGAUGCUCGUAUUGGACUCAGAUAAGAGGAUUACCGCAGCCCAAGCCCUGGCACAUGCCUACUUUGCUCAGUACCACGAUCCUGACGAUGAACCCGUGGCUGAUCCUUAUGAUCAGUCUUUUGAAAGCAGGGACCUCCUUAUAGAUGAGUGGAAAAGCCUGACCUAUGAUGAAGUCAUCAGCUUUGUGCCGCCACCCCUUGACCAAGAAGAGAUGGAGUCUUGAGUAUCUGGUUUCUGUUCUGUUGAUCCCACUUCACUGUGAGGGGAAGGCCUUUUCAUGGGAACUCUCCAAAUAUCAUUCAAGUGCCCAAGUGCCUCUUGUUGCAAAGAUUUCCUCCGUGGUGGAAGGGGUGUGUGUGUGUGUGGAUGCGUGUGUGUUCUUGUGUGUUCGUGUGUGUGUCUGACUUUGCAGGCGGGCAGGAGAACAUGAGCGGACUGUGAUCACGGUGACCGUACUUGGAGUCACAGGUCUCUGUGUGGCAGUCUGUGCUUGCUCUUUGUGUGAGUCGGCUGGGCAGGCAGGAGCUGCCAUCGUGUUAGGGUUUGUUAAAUGCAAAGUAAAAGCUAUUAAACAUCCCAGACCCCAGUCAUGCUUUGGCCGUUUUGGCCUCUCCUGUGGCCCCACCUUGAAGGUGGGGGUUAGUCUUGACCACAUCCCUGAGUGGCACAGGGAGAAGGCUCACCCAUUCUGGCUGCUUCACAUCUGAAGCCGUCCCUCAGUGACGCAUCAGCCAAAAAGGACCAACUGGCUUCUGUGCACUAGUCCAUGAUGAACCUGCUAAGCGUGACUCUCAGAACUCAACAGGUGUACCUGAAACUAUAAAUAUGUUUGUGCCUUAAAAGAGAGAAGAAGGUGUGGUUAGUUAGGAGGGUACAGCAGAUGAAGUUCUGAGGCAGGCAAGUUGUCAGUUGUCGGACGGCCACUUGUGAAGCCGAAGUCACCAGCGAGCCUUCGGAGGCACCGUGUGUGCAUGUCUGAGCAUGCGUAUAUGUACUUCUCUCUCUUCCUCACGCCCCGACCCCCAGGUGUCAUUGCCAUUUCUCUGCUCACCCACUUCAGUGCAGAGGUUCCUUCAGUAUUGGCAUAGUCGGAGGCUGGUUCUUGCUGUCUGUGUACUUCCUGUGUGUUCUUUAUUCUCAGCAGAAUGAGGAUGUGUUUUGCACGUCUUGCUAUUUGAGCAUGCACAGCUGCUUGUCCUGUUUCCUUCGGGAGGCCCUGGUGCCAGGCGAGUUUGCCAGUGGAGACUUCGUGGGUAGUUCAGGACCCAUGUCACCUCGGCAGAUGUUGUGGGCAGGUGAUGCCACCCUCUCUUCAGCCCCCAGUGCUAUUUUGUGUUGAACACAAUUGAUAUUCAAGGUGCUUUUGAUGUGAAAACUAUGAAGAAAUUAAACAGAUGGAUGUAUAGCAUUUUCAUUCUUGCCAUCUGGUUUUCAACAAACUAUUUUGGGGGAGCCGUCAACCGGAAAAGAUCAGGGUUUUUCCCAGGAAUAUCUCAGACUUUGGAAAACAAGUUCUCGUCACGUCCAAUAACCAAUGCUAAGAAAUGCUGAAAAUCAAAGUGAAAAAUAAAAAGCUCAUGAGGCCAGAAACUCCUUUUGCCAUCUUUGUCUAAAUAUAGUUAUUAAAAAGAAAAAAGAAGAAGAAGUAAUGAGGUAUUUUUUUCCACCCUUUGGAAAAGGGUCUUCUUGGCAGCUUAACAUUGACUUCUUGGUCUUGGUUUGGGGAGAAAUAAAUUUUAUUUCAGAAUUUUGUAUAAUGCAGGAAUCGUAUGAGAAUGUGAUUCUUUUUGAUGGGGAGAAAGGGCAAGUUAUUUUAAUAUUUUGUAUUUUCAACUUUAUAAAGAUGAAAUAUCCUCAGGGGUGGAGAAGAGUUGUUUUCAUAAUUUUCUGAAUUUCAGGCAUCUUGUGCUACAUAAGGGCCCAUAUGGUUAAACCUUUUGUGAAAUAAGAAAGCAUAGAGCCACGUCCAGUGUUGGCUGUGUGUCCAAGUCUUGUAUUUGGGCCAAGGUGUUUCCAUUUCUCUGUCACAGUGCAGUGAUAUGUGCACUCCAGAGGGACAGGGUAGGACCCCCAAGUCAACUGGAGCGAGAAGGAAGGAGGCAGCUGAUGGUGAUCACACAUCACCCAAGAUUUGCCCCCUCUUUAAAGGAAACUGAACACAAAGGCCUCAUCUCCUUUAUAUGCAGUUCACAUCCUCAUAAUCCACAGCAAGAUGAAUUUGAUCAGCCAUGUUUUGUUGUAAAUGCUAGUGUGAUUUCCUACAGAAAUAUUGCUCUGAAUAUUUUUUUCAUAAAGGUCUUCUUUGCACAUGAGACCAUAUACGUGUUAGGAGGCCUAAUGCUCCAGGAGCCCGGACUCAGCUGGAGCCUGUGGAAGAGCUUCCUGGUUUCUGACCAUAAUGCUCCCAUUUCCUGAUUUCUCUGAACAGAAAACGAGAGAGAGAAUGAGGGAAAAUGCUAUUUUAUUUGUAUUCAUGAACUUGGCUGUAAUCAGUUAUGCCAUAUAGGAUGUCAUACAAUACCACUGGGUAAAAUAAAGCCUAUUUUUCAAAGUA